UUUUUGUUACUUUUUUUAAAAAAUCCAAUAAAUAAUCAAUGGUCUGUUUUGCUAGGGAUACAUUCAAUUCGGAUGGUAAUGGUACUAUCACUAAAUCAACAACAUCUACCAAUAAUCAAUUGAUAACAAUUAAUCAACCACAAACAUCGUUAACCACUAAGGAUGAUGAUGAUGAUGGUGGUGGUGGUGAUGGUGGCCAAUUAAUGAUCACCAUUCAACCAUCUUCAAGUAAAAAUCAUCAUCAAUCAUCAAUAGAUGAUGAACAAGAUUCACAAACAUUGAUUGAAGAUAAAAAUCCAACAGCAAUUUUAUCAUCAUCAUCAACAUCAUCAUCAUCAUUUGAUAGAAUGCUUGAACAUUCCAAACAUUCAACAAUAGAAGAUGAUGAUAAAUCAUCGAAUGAUUCAUUGAAUAAACAACAAAUUUCAUCACAUCGUAAAUUAACACGUAUUUUUGCACAAAAUCCAAUCGAACAACAACAACAACAACAACAACAACAUAAUGAUGAAUCCAAUAUUCCAAUAUAUGAUACACAAAUCAUAUUGGAUACAGAUAAUCAAGAUGUUUUUGUAUCAUUACAACAACAACCAAAAUCUGAAAUUAAUGAAUUUUUAUCAUCAUCAUCAUCAUUACCAUAUAAUUCUAAUAUAAAUAAUGGUCAAUCAUUUAUAUUUAGUCGUCAAGCAUAUCGUGAUAUACCACCAUUUAAUCAUGAUUAUUAUAAUUCACAUAAUUUAUUUACAACAUUUUUUGGUUAUAAUACUGGUAGAUGGUUUAAUGGUAUUAUUGGUUGUCUGAAACCAUUUCUAGAUAUGCUUGGAUCAAAAGAUUCAUCAAUGAAUACGUUUCAUCAUCAUGAUGAUGAUUGGGAAAUACCAUUCGAACAUAUAAAAGAUUUACAAUGGCUUGGUAGUGGUGCACAGGGUGCUGUUUUUAUGGGUAAAUAUAAUAAUGAAUGGGUUGCUGUUAAAAAAGUAAAAGAAAAACGUGAAACCGAAAUCAAACAUCUAAGAAAAUUAAAUCAUUCAAAUAUUGUUGCAUUUCGUGGUGUUUGUACACAAAGUCCAAAUUGUUAUUGUAUUGUAAUGGAAUUUUGUCCAUAUGGACAAUUGUAUGAAUUUUUAAAAAGUGGUCAACAAUUAUCACCACAAAUGAUUAUUGAAUGGGCAAAACAGAUUGCAUCCGGUAUGAAUUAUUUACAUUCACAUAAAAUUAUACAUCGUGAUCUUAAAUCACCAAAUGUACUUAUAUCAUAUAAUGAUACAUUGAAAAUAUCUGAUUUUGGUACAUGUAAACAAUUGAAUGAUCGAUCGACUAAAAUGUCAUUUACAGGUACUGUUGCUUGGAUGGCUCCAGAGAUUAUACGUGAUGAACUUUGUUCGGAAAAAGUUGAUAUUUGGAGUUUUGGUGUUGUACUUUGGGAGCUUUUGAAUUGUGAAAUACCAUAUCGUGAUGUUGAUUCAUCAGCAAUCAUAUGGGGUGUUGGUAAUUCAAGUCUUACAUUACCGAUUCCAUCUGGUGUACCAAGAGGUUUUGAUCUAUUAUUACAACAAUGUUGGAAUAUAAAACCAAGAAAUCGACCAUCAUUUCGACAAGUUUUAAUGCAUUUAGAUAUUGCUAGUUCAGAAUUGAUUAAUAUUGAAGCAAAUCAAUUUUUUAUUAUUCAACAACAAUGGCGUGAUGAAAUACGUGAUUGUAUGAAACGUAUGAAACGUAGACGAUCCAGUGUAGCCAUUUCGAAUGAACAUCAAAUUAAUAAUGAAAAUUAUAAAGAAGAAAUUGAACAUUUAAUUUGUAAACGUAAAGAAGAAUUAAUGCAUGCACAACAUAUACGUGAAGAAUAUGUUAGAAAACGUGAAUGUGCAAAUAAUCUUUAUAUGGAAUUGAUGACAUGUUUAUUAAAAUUAGAACAACGUGAAAAAAAUCUUUUACAACGUGAACAUGCAUUAAUAUCAAGAUUGGCCAAAAAUUGUGGUCAUCCAUCAUUGACUGAUGUGAGUCGUUCACCAUCGAUUUUAUCACCAUUUGUUGAAAAAGUUCCAGAAGUUUUUCGACAAGAACUUUAUGAUUGUAACAAAAUAAUUCCCUAUUCACUUCUUGAUUAUAAUGAAAAACAAAUGAAUUGUAUUGAACCGACUGUUUCUACUACGAUUACAAUCGAUGAUGAUGAUGAUGUUAAUGAAUCUGGAAAUCAACAUUUAAAAUUCAUUGUUCCACAAUCAUCGACCAACAUUAAUCGUCGUAAGAAACGAAUACCUGCUAUUCAUAGCCCAAAACAAACAAAAAAUCAUAAUCGAUCAUCAAAAAAAUCAUCAUCAUUAUGUAAUCAAUGUCAUUAUUAUCAUUCAUCAAUUAGAAGUCGUCGUAAUCGUUUUCAUCAUCGUUCAUUAUCACCUAAACCAAAAUCACCCGAUUUAAUUGUUCAUAAUAAUAAUAAUGAUAAAACAAUCGAAUUACGUAAUACACCAACCCCAUCAAGACCAUCAGUUUUGGAUAAAAAUUUUAUCAAAAUUCAUAAUAAUAAUUGUAAUAAAAUAAUAAAACGUUCGGAUAAAGCAAUACAAACAAAUGAAACAAUAUUCAAUUAUAAUUCAGAUAAUAGUAAUUCAUCACCAAAUAUUGAAAAAAAUGUAUUAAACAAUGAUAAACAAACGACAACAGUUUUAUUGGAAUGUAGUACAUCGAAUCCAAAUAGUCCAAAUAAUCAUACAAAAUUAACAACAAAAAUGUCUACUACAUCUACAUUUGAUUCUGGUUAUGGUGAUGGAUAUCAAAGUUGUUUAUCCACACCGUCCACACAUUCGAAUAAAGUUAGAUUUACGGAUAAAAGCCCGAUGACACCAUCAUCAAUUAAAUCACCAUUUGGUGAUGGAGAAUUUGGUGAUCUUGAUGAUAAUAAUAAUAAUAAUAAUAACAAUGAUAAAGCAACAUCGACAACUUUUAAUCGAAUCAAAUGUCGACAAAGUAAUUCAAAUACAUUGCCAAGCUUGAGCAGUAUUGAUGAAAAUAGUGUUAAUGAAGAAUUAGAGAAAAAUGAUUUAUUCAUUAUCAAUCGUGAUAGUAAUCGUGAACCAAGAAUUAUUGAAGAAUCAAUUGAAGAAAUGAAUAAAGUUAUUUUGGAUACAUUCGAACAUCUUGAUAGUAAAAAUCCACAAAAACAUCAUCAUCAUAAUCAUCGAAAAGAUACAUUCAUUUGUAAACAUUGUUCUUCAGAUAGUGAUUCUUCAUCUGAUUCAUCAUUCUUACACACUUAUGGUGAUGAUGAUGAUUCUUGUAAUUGUUCAGAUGAUGAUGAUGAUGGUGACGAUGAUGAUGAUGAAGAUGCGAAUGAAUAUGAUAAUCAUGAUCAUGAUGAUAGUAAAUAUUUAUUACGAAAAAAAUUUCAUAAAGCUGUACAUCAAUUUAAUGAAUCUAGUCGUCGUUAUUGUGAUUCAAUAUCAUUAAGUUCAAGCGAUAAUUUUGUCGAUGAUGAUGAUGAUAAUGAUACAAAUGAUCAAACAAUUCAAAAAAUCGAUAAUAAAACAUCGACAAAUAUUAUUCAUAAUCAUCAUCAUCAUCAUCAUUAUCAUCAUUGUCAAUCGAAACAACAAACACAAAAUUCAACAAUGGCAAACAAUUGAGAAUGAACAAC